CUCUGACACAGUGCUUUGGUCAAGUCCAGAAAGCAGUACACCAGAGCCUAUACGUCGGUCACCUUCAAUAUCCCAAACAUCUGAUGUGCAAGUUCAGUGUGGUACAGAAUCUCAAAUGGCAUCCACAUCAGGAGAACAUACUACAAGUUACAAUGAUGAACCUGAUGGAUUGACGGCUGCAGAUGUCAUCUCAAAUCUGGCUCUGAAGAUCAACAAAACCUCCUGUAGCAGAUUCAACAUUAACCGAGCCAAUGUCUGGGAUGGUGCCUACCGAGGCUUCAAGAGGUCUUCAUAUAGUCCCAACUCUGGCAUGAUGGUGAAAUUCUCUGAUGACGUGGGGCUGGCUGAAGAGGCAAUAGACACAGGUGGGCCUACUCGAGAAUUUCUCACCCUUCUGAUGGAAGCCAUAAGGACGAGAAGAAUAUUCGAAGGAAAAGACUAUGCCAAAUAUCUCACAUUUCAUAGUAAAGCUGCAGAUGAAAAUGAAUAUUUCUACAUUGGAAGAAUGAUUGCAGUUUCCAUUGUCCAUGGUGGUCCAGGGCCAUGUUGUUUAUCUCCAAACUUCUUUAUGUACCUUGUUGGAAAAGACAAGACAUUCGAGGCACCAAUUGAUGAUAUACCAGAUGAAGAAAUCAAGAAGGCUCUACUAGAGAUAAAGAAUGCAACAUCUCUAAGUGAGCUCCGAGUAAUCACAGAAAAACACUCAAGCAUGCUCCAGACAGCAGGAUGCUAUCGAUUCAUGAGGACACUGGAGGAUAAGAAGAAGGUAGUAGCGGAUUACAUUCAGUGUCGUUUUUAG